AUGAAGCUGUCCUUAUCCUCGGUCGACUAUGGUGAGCUACCGAAGCCGCUACCAUCUUGGCAAGUCGGCACAGACUGCUGCCACAAUUGGAUGGGAGUCACUUGCGACCAUGCUGGAAGAGCCAUUGCCCUCAAUUUAUCUUUCCGCCUUGUUGGAUUUCUUGCCAAUGUCCCUAUGGACAUAUCACGCCUCAACAAUUUGGUGUCUCUGGAUUUGUCUGGCCACUCGUCGUUGAUGCUCCCAGAACCGAGUUUUCAGACCAUCACCGCAAACCUUAGCAACCUGAAAGAGCUCCAUCUUGAUGGGGUGCUCAUCUCUAGCACAGCAGCAGAGUGCUCCAAAGCUCUGGCCAAGUCUGUUUCCCAGCUUCAGAUUCUUACCAUGUCCAUUUGUGGGCUGUCUGGUCCCAUUGACAGUGCUUUAUCAGGUCUUGGCUCCCUAACUGUGAUUGACUUCAGGGGCAACAAUAUAACUUUCCCUGAUUUCUUUGCUCACUUCCCCUUAUUACGAGUCCUGUCGCUUGAUGAAAACCAUCUCAGCACAUUCCCUCUGGGGAUCCUCCAACUCAGAUAUCUUGAGAUUCUGAGUCUCUCAGAUACAAACCUAUCUGGAUACAUCCCUUAUGAUAUCGGUAAUCUUACAUCUUUGACACAGCUGUACCUCGGUUAUGGUAACAUAUUCUCGGGAAGACUGCCUGCUACAUUGGAAUCUAUAGACCUCUCGUGCAAUAAUUUUACCGGACCAAUUCAUUUUGGUGACAAAGUAAAACUCAUCAAUCUGGAGUUCCUGGAUCUGAGCUACAAUUUACUCACUCAAACAAUCCCUGGAUGCUUGUUCACAUAUCCAGCAUUGAAAGCACUAGACCUCAGAAGGAACCAAUUUUCUGGAGUUCUGGAAGAAAUUCUCAGUCCAUCACGGACGCUGACCUGUGUAAACCUAAGUGGCAACCAUUUGAGCGGACCAGUUCCCAGAUCAUUUGCUCGUUUCAUGGCUCUCGAAAUCCUGAAUAUUGACUACAACAACUUCUCUGGUACCUUGCACCUGUCUUCCUAUUUUAGGCUAAGGAACCUCACAUUGUUGUCAGCCUCCAACAAUAAGUUACUCUCUGCAGCCUGGAAUGCAUCAGGUGUGGAUAUCAGUAGCUCCAACAACAUCAGUGCCUCAUCCUCAUGGUUAUAUAUGGUUACCUCGCUGUCGCUGCAAAUACCUCAACUAGACACGCUAGACCUCUUAUGCAAUCACAUUCAAGGGGAGAUUCCUAGUUGGAUAUGGAAAAAGGUGGACAGCCUGAAUCUCUCACAUAACAUGUUCACAGAAAUUGCACAGCCCCCGGCAAGCGCCGUACUCUCUAGUAUCGAUCUAAGUUACAACAUGCUUAGUGGAGCUGUCCCUCUCCCUUCUACAGGCACCAUCCAGGAUUACUCACACAAUAAGUUCACCUCCAUCCCUUCUAGGGCUUUCGGUCGGCAGUUUAGCUUGGCAGUACUAAGGCUCAGAGAAAAUAACCUUACUGGGGCAUGGCCAGAUAGUAUUAAGAAGGGAUGCACCUUACGAUUAAUCGAUAUGCACGGUAAUCAGAUAAGAGGGCGAAUGCCAAGAUCCCUGACCAACUGCCAAGGAUUAGAGUUCCUUGAUGUUGGUAAAAACUCCAUUGUUGAUUCUUUUCCCUUUUGGCUGGGAGAGCUACAUGACCUUUUCGUACUAGUCCUAAGAACAAAUCUAUUGCAUGGUACAUUUCUUAAUCUGAAGGAGAAGGAGAACUUGACUACCAACCAUUUUCAGAAUCUGCAAAUCAUUGAUCUUGAACAGAACAACUUUGAUGGGGCUUUGCCUGAGAAUCUGUUUAAGAAAUCGAGGCCGAUGACCAAUCCCACAAUAAUAGGUGACUCCACAUUAGCUGCUGACAUACCAAGGACAGAGUUGGUUUACCAAGUUAUGGUUGAAAUUGCAAUGAAAGAGGUGUACAUCAACGUGCCUAAGGUCCUGCUCGACUUGGUGGUAAUUGACCUAUCAGAAAACCGAUUCAGUGGCCUCAUCCCUGAGAAAUAUGGCAACCUGACGGCACUGCAUGUGCUCAACAUGUCGCAUAAUGCCCUGACUGGAGAGAUCCCACAUGAACUCAGCCACCUCACUCGCCUUGAGUCGCUCGAUCUGUCAUGGAACAUGCUCUCCGGGGAAAUUCCACCAGAGCUGGCGAUCUCUUUGACAUCCCUUGAGUGGUUAAACCUAUCAUACAACAAUCUGAGCAGGAGGAUACCAUCAGGUCCGCAAUUCUCGACUUUUCCAAGUAGCACUUUUCAGGGCAACAAAAGACUGUAUGGCUGUCCGCUCCCUGUGCAAUGCAACCUGAUGACAGGUCCACCGCCAUCGAAGGCUCCAGCAACGACAUCGGUGCCUCCUUCCUCGGUGUCCAAAUCCAAGAGUGACAAGUUUGAGGUCAUCGUGCUGUUUCUUUUCAUUGGGUCAGGGGUUGGUGUGGGCUUUGCAGCGACCAUUGUUGUACUGAGGCAGAUCUCUAACCAGGGUAGAUGGUGGCACAAAAGUAACUUCUCAUAUCUGCAGUGA